UCGUGUCAUAUCACCAUUUUCCAGAGGACUACUUUUCUGUCGAGUGAGAAGGACAUCUUACAUCAUGGAUGGAUUCUGCCUUCUCUAUCUGCUUUUGAUCCUCUUGAUGAGAUCUGGUGACGUUGAAACCAAUCCAGGUCCUAACACUGCAGUAAGUACUGUCAGUGACAAGGAAUUCCUGAGGCUGGCCAAGGAUAUUCUUCCAUCAGACUACGAGGCUGUAGGGAUAUCUCUAGGUUUCUCCUAUCCUGAGGUAGAGAACAUCCUGCUUCAGAAGUCGAAAAACCAUACCAAUGCACUUUUGUGCCUAUUCAUGAAAUGGAAAGUCAUGCAGCGACCUCCACACUCAAAUGAACGGCAGCUUUUGGCAGAUGCACUUCGAGAGAUUGACCUGGGAGGCCUAUCAGACAGAUUACUCAAUGAAUCUCUUAUUCCAAACAUCACAGGAGGGCCAUCAAGACUGACAGAAUCACAGACCAAACCUCCUUCAGCUGAAUCUCAGACCAAACCACUUUCUCCUGAACUGGUUGAGCGGUGUGCAGAUGAAAUUAAGUCCAAGUACAGGUCAACUGUCUGUAAGAUCAGAGCUGAUCCUCUCAAUCCAGCUUCCAUUGUGCAGUUUAAAGACAUGUAUACUAAUCUCUUCUUACAAAAAGAGCAUGGGACAGAGAAGCAAAUGCUAGAUUACAAUGAUAUCCUUAAUCUCAAAGUCAAUGGAGAGUUCCCCAAGCGGAUCAUGGUUCAGGGAGAGGCGGGGGCUGGAAAAACAACAUUUUGUGCUAAGAUUGCCUGGGACUGGAUUGAAGGAGAGUAUUUCAAACAAUUUGUGUGGGUCUUGAUUGUUCCUCUCCGUGAAUUUAAGAAACACACUAUUGGCGAGAUUGCAAAGUCUUAUCUGGCCAAAAACAAUCCAGCAACGGUUUCUCAGAUGACUGAGUAUAUCCAGUCAAAUCCUGACAAGGUAUUCAUCGCAUUCGAUGGGCUAGAUGAAGCCAGUGGUCUAAUCAUGAAGACAAAAUCUUGCGAAUCACAACCAAGUGUCACCUCCUCAGAGGCAUGCGGAAGCUCAUCUGAGACUGGUGAUAUUGGACUUGUAGAUAUUCUUUGUUCAGAUCGAAUUGUCUCUUGCCCAGUCUUGGUGACUACUCGCCCAUGGAGAGCAGUGAAGAUUAGAUCGGAUGGUGAUCUAAUGAAGCUCUACACAUUCAUUCAUGUUGAGGGUUUCAACAAAGAGAAUUUGUCAGUUUACAUUCACAAAUACUUUCCAAAGAAUGAUGAUAAAGCAAAUCAGCUUAUCCAAUUCUUCAGUGAUAAUGAUGUCAUAUCUGAAAACAUGGCCCCCUAUCCUAUAUAUGUAGCCAUGUUGUGUCUUAUGUGGAAAAAACGUGACGAGCAAAAAAUAAAGAAAAUGAAAUCACUGAAAACUUUUUCUCAGAUAUUCAAAGAAAUGAUUGCCUUUCUAAAAGAACAUUAUGCUCAGAAAGAGGUGAAGAAAGUAGGCAGCCGCUCACUUACUGACUAUUUGAAAAAAAUUGAUGAGCUCCUUGGACCGAUUGCCAAACAAGCCUUCAAUGGUCUGCUAGAAAAUACCUUGUCUUUCGGUGAAGAUGAUUUCCAAACGUGCGAAGAAAUAGAAUCCAAGGACACUGCCUGCCUUGUCGGGAUUUUGUCUCAGGAGAACAGAAUUUAUGCUGACAUGGAUACACAUGAGAUGAAUUCUCAUGUGCAAUUGCCAGUCUUCUUCCCUCACAAACUGUUUCAGGAGUACAUGGCUGGAGUCCAUCUUGCUUCCCUGUAUGAAUCAGAUCGUAAUGAAUUUAACAGGCUGAUUGGGGAAGUAGUGCUGCCAAGGAACAAGGAGUUUAGGUAUCUCCUGUACUUCACUGUGUCACACAACAAAAGUAUUGCAAUCCAUGUAAUGAACUCUAUGCUCCAGGGACUAAGCAUGGAUUUCUUAAAAUGGGGUGGUGAUUUAUCUUUCAUUGUUGAUGUAGCCUUUGAGAGUCAGGACGCAGAUGUAGCAGCCUUGGUGAAGGACAGGGUUUCAUCAAAGAAGAUCGUGCUGACUGUGGACUAUAAUGUGACAGCACACACUGUAGCAGGUUAUGCAGACAUUGGACUACAUGUGGUUAAACUCCAUAUUGAGAGAGAUUGUGGACCUACUAUGUCACUUGAUGUGGCAGAGAUGAUAUGCUCUUUGCCAUCCUUGAAGAUUGUUUAUCUUGAAAAGGCAUUCCAUCAUUGUUUUUUUGGAACACUUGCAAGGAAAGGAAAAGAAUCAAAGGUGAGCAGUUCAUCCACAAUUGUGAUGUACAUGUAUGUGUGAGUGU